GGCGGCGGCGGCGCCGACGAGGGGAGUUUCCUUGUGCCUCCAUUCCCGGGAGGGGGGGAGCGGCGUUGGGAGGCCACCGUUUCCAGCAUCAGCAGCAACAGCUUGUGGUUGGCGGUACCGGACAUUCAGUUGCACAUUCCCACAUCAAUGCACUGCCAAUGGGUUAUAUCCUGUGUUGUGACCUCAUGGUUUAAGUGGGAAUAAAGAUGAGUAUAAGCAGUGAUGAGGUCAACUUCUUGGUAUAUAGAUACUUGCAAGAGUCAGGAUUUUCUCAUUCAGCAUUUACCUUUGGUAUAGAAAGCCAUAUUAGUCAGUCUAAUAUAAAUGGUGCCCUUGUUCCACCUGCUGCAUUGAUUUCUAUCAUCCAGAAAGGUCUACAGUAUGUAGAGGCUGAAGUUAGUAUUAAUGAGGAUGGUACCUUGUUUGAUGGUCGACCAAUAGAGUCUCUGUCCCUGAUAGAUGCCGUAAUGCCUGAUGUAGUGCAGACAAGACAACAAGCUUAUAGAGAUAAGCUUGCACAGCAACAGGCAGCAGCUGCUGCAGCUGCCGCAGCUGCAACUAACCCGCAAGGAACUGCAAAAAAUGGAGAGAACACAGCAAAUGGAGAGGAGAACGGAGCACAUACCAUAGCAAAUAAUCAUACUGACAUGAUGGAAGUGGAUGGAGACGUCGAGAUCCCUCCUAAUAAAGCAGUUGUGCUGCGGGGCCAUGAGUCUGAAGUUUUCAUCUGUGCCUGGAACCCUGUUAGUGAUCUCCUGGCAUCAGGGUCUGGAGACUCAACAGCAAGAAUAUGGAAUCUUAGUGAAAAUAGUACCAGUGGCUCCACACAGUUAGUACUUAGACAUUGUAUACGAGAAGGAGGGCAAGAUGUUCCAAGCAACAAGGACGUCACUUCUCUAGAUUGGAAUAGUGAAGGCACACUUCUAGCAACUGGUUCAUAUGAUGGAUUUGCCAGAAUAUGGACGAAAGAUGGUAACCUUGCUAGCACCUUAGGGCAGCAUAAAGGCCCUAUAUUUGCAUUGAAAUGGAAUAAAAAAGGAAAUUUCAUCCUUAGUGCUGGAGUAGAUAAGACAACAAUUAUUUGGGAUGCACAUACCGGUGAAGCCAAGCAGCAGUUUCCUUUUCAUUCAGCUCCAGCACUGGAUGUGGACUGGCAGAGCAACAACACCUUUGCUUCCUGUAGUACAGACAUGUGCAUUCAUGUCUGUAAGUUAGGACAAGACCGACCUAUUAAAACAUUCCAGGGACAUACGAAUGAAGUAAAUGCUAUCAAAUGGGACCCAACUGGCAAUCUCCUGGCCUCCUGUUCUGAUGACAUGACUUUGAAGAUUUGGAGUAUGAAACAAGACAAUUGUGUCCAUGAUUUGCAAGCACAUAAUAAAGAAAUUUAUACUAUCAAAUGGAGUCCAACAGGACCAGGGACGAAUAACCCAAAUGCCAACCUUAUGCUAGCAAGUGCAUCCUUCGAUUCUACUGUUAGGUUAUGGGAUGUUGACCGAGGAAUUUGCAUACAUACUUUGACAAAACACCAAGAGCCUGUGUACAGUGUAGCUUUCAGUCCUGAUGGCAGAUAUCUGGCAAGUGGCUCUUUUGACAAAUGUGUGCACAUCUGGAACACACAGACAGGUGCUCUAGUUCACAGCUAUAGGGGAACAGGUGGGAUUUUUGAAGUUUGUUGGAAUGCAGCAGGAGACAAAGUUGGAGCCAGUGCAUCAGAUGGUUCAGUUUGUGUAUUAGACCUUCGGAAAUAGCGCUACUAGUUGGAAGCCAUGGACCGACUAUGAAUGUGUACAUAGCCAAAAUGACUGUCCCUGACCCAUGUACUGCUAUAGUCCCACUUGAACCAUGGCCAGUCCACUACAGCCAAACCUAAAGGAAAUAUAUACAUACAGUGUAUAUAAACAAAAUUGCACCCUGAAGAUGACAGAGUUUUGUCACAGCUUGUGAAUUCUGUUCACCAAGUGCUGGAAUCUAAUCUGUGCCCCUAAAAUAGCAUUUAGAAGUUUUGGAUAUGAAAACCAGAAGAGAGAAAUAUACGUUAUAAAAGCAGACCAUACAUGUACCAGUUUUGGAUACUAAUGACAGCCUUGUUUCCCCAUGAAUCAGCAGACACCAUGGAUUAUAUUCUUUUUUCCCUUCAGUAGUGAGCAGUUUGUAUGUACAGAGAAAAUGGACUUAACAAAACCUUGCAGCAGUAGUUUGUUCUUGCUUUUAAAUUUUGUUUUUUGGUUUAGAUUAUGGAUGCAUGAAGUAAGGGAGUGAAUCAGUUUCUUGUUGAUAUUUUUUUCACCUUUUAAACAACAAAAAAUUCUUGAAAAUAUUUUAAUGCAUUCUUUUGAAAAGGUAGAUGUUUGGUACAUUUUAUGGCUCCCAGAGCAUAUAUUCAAUUGGUGCAUAUUAAGGAAGGGGAAAUUGGGAAUCAAAUGAAAACCUAUACCUUCGGUCAUGUUGAUUUGUAAGACACAUGUAAGACACAUCAGUAAAAGGGUAAUAUGCUCUGUUUUUGUGGUGAUGUGGCUUAAAUAUAAUAGUUUCUUCUUUGGGACAUAAUUCUGCCAAUUAAAAACUAGAAGGGCACAAAAUUUUUUUUGAUACCAUAGAGAAGAUACAUUAAAAAAAAAAUCUUCCAAUGUUUUGUAGCCAUACUAAAUUAUGGUUAAAAUGUGCACUAUUGUGAAAAGGAGCAAAGUAGUUUUGGGGUUUUUUGUUGUUGUUAUUUGUUUCUUUGUUUGUUUGCUUUGGUUUUAAAGAGAUUAAAAUGUUUCUGGAUAAGGAUUAGCUUCUCAAAGUGUCCAUCAUUCUAUGUAGAAGCUUAAUGUAAUGUAACCAAACUCCAGUAUUAAGAAAAUCUCGCCUAUUGUUUUUCUUUAUACAAAGCAAGAUAACGGCAUAUAACACUGCCAUUACAUGGCAAAAUGUUUGCUACCUUAGUUUAAAAAAUAAUCUUUAAAACAAAAGACUUGCUUCAAAGUGUUUUUAAAUAAAUAGCAGUAAUUCAGAAUUAAAAAAAAAAAGUAUAAUUGCACUAACUUCCCUGCUGCUCUAAUUCUGCAUUUGUGGUACGUGUGACUACAUUUUUUCAAACAUAGAUAGGUUUAAGCUGCUAUUUUUGUUUUAAGAAGUCACUACCAUAUUAUCAUGUCUUUUACUCUGUUUAUAACAUCAAAUAUUCUUACAGAUAAUAUGAAAUCAAACCUCCUCUCACACUGAUGAAGCUAAAAGCAAAAUAUACAGGCAAAUGAUAGCAUGGGGCAAUGUUUUAAUGUGUGAUUAACAAGAUUUGUCAUGAUUUAAUGUAAGAAUCCAAGAGUGUCAAUUUUGAAGAGUUGUCAAAUUUAUAUAUCAAAGAUUUUAAUUAAGGAAUUGCUUCUUGAGCUUAGCAAAUUUAUAACACUAUUUCUGUCAUUAAUUAUUUGGAGACCUUAACUACUAAAAAUGUAACCUGUGUCCUUUAAGUAGAAACUGAUUUAACCCAAGUAAUGCAGCUUUGAUUUUCAACAUUUGUUUUGCUCUUUCUACAUUGAUUGAUAUUUCUGCAUUGAUUGAAGCAAGUCUUGGUUUUACUAAGGUAGAGUAGCAUUUGCUAAUGGUAAAGAGAAUAAGUACACUUAAUUUCACAAUACAUUGUUAUAUGUACCCCAGUUGUUCUUAGUGGGGACUAUGAUACUGUAAUAAAUAUUUUUUAAAAUAUACAUGCAGAGAGGCAGUCAUUCAUGAUGGUUUUGUGCCAGCUGUUUUUAGGGUUUUGGAUCACAUUAGAGAUACUUAGAACUUAUUACCCUGUGACUUAUGUAGGAAACCUAAUAUGCUGAGUAUCUGGCACUUGAAAUCCUGCUUUUAUUGCUGGAGGUCCGUAUCUGUGGUUGACCUCUAUUGUUGUUCUAAAAAAAAAUAAAAAUAAAAAAAAUCUGUGCAAUAAUUUUUAAGUGUGCUCCCAGGAAUAGACACAAAUGUUUUGAGUAUGUUUAAGCUGCAUUUUCCUUUAGCGAUGCAUUUGUCAAUUGCACUGAAUUUAAAUCUGAAAGUCAGAGGUGAUUAUUGAUAGUACUUUUGUAUUUUGAUAUGGACAAUUCAUUUGCAUACAGUUAUUGACUUUUUUCCCAGCUGAUUAAAAGAUAGUCAAGAAAUUCUGCAAUAUAGCUGCCAAAAUAGACAGCUACAUUUUUAUGAUAUUGUCAUCUUUUCUGUUUUCUUUUUUAAUUUAGCUAUUUUACUUAGGCAUAAUAGCCACAAUAGGACAUUUAAAAGAUUAUAAAUGCAGAGCUUUAUUAUCCUGAAGUCUUGGGUCUUUUAAGUAUAAACUUCUCUGAAAGGUAUCCAUUUUGUAGGCUUGGGUUUUUCAUGAGCAUACGAUUGUUUUUUUGCUGCUGUUCUCAACAUCAUAAUUGCCUGCUGAUGUGCCACGAUGCUGCUCCAAUAAACAAACUGAAGAUUGUCUCUGAUUUGAGCAGUAGCAUGAUUUCAAGAGACCAAGGUUCACAGCCUGUAAAAGUUCUAUGUUUGGGGUUCUUGCUCAUUUUCCUCCUAUUUUUUUCUGAUAACUUGUUCCUGAAGAUCAGUUAAAUUCAGUAGUUUUUGUAUGGUAGUUGAUUAUAUAUCAUUGAUGUAUAAGCUACUGUAAGAAACUUACAAGGGAAAAUAGAAAGGAAAGCAUGAAUGAAUAGUCACUGAUUAAUAUAGAAAAAAGAAAGAGCAGCUGCCACUCUUAAACGUCAUCAAGGAAUAUUUUUUCUCCUCUGUGUAAGAAAUCCCAUUAGUGCUUAUAUUCAUUUGUUACAAUCCCUGUUUCCGAUCAUCGAUCAGGAAACAUCAUUGACUUUCAAAAUGACUUUUAGAAGAGAACGGUUAAUUUCCUAUUAGGUCUUAGAGUGUUUGCAUUCUGUUUUAGUUAUUCUCUAGUAAAAACAUUUUAUUAGGUUUAACACCUUUUACAGAUACUGAAAGUGCCUCCUUUUGUGGUGUAAAAAAAAAAACAAAUUAUGGUGCAAAAAGUAAUCACUAGAUUGAAUUACAUGAAGGUUUUUUUUUUUUUUGCUUUUUGACAUGUAAAAUGUCAAGAGAAAGGCCAAAGAUUUGUACUUUUUCACUUAACUUAUAAAGCACUCCUUCUUUCCUUAAACUUCUUUCUGUCAAAUUAGAUUUAAUGAGAGAGUACUAUUUUUAAGGAGCUAUCCGUUAAUGUAGAAUGAUUUUGUUAAGAGUAAUGUAAACUAUUAUUGAAUAGAGGCCUAAAGAAGACUGUGCAUUUUUGCUAUUUAAAGGAAUCACAAAUGACCAUACUUAACGUGAGCAAAAAUGACAAGUUUUACUAGCUAGGUAGAAAACUCUCCAAUGCAGUGCUAUUUACUCUUUCAUUUUCUUCAGCACAUUGUACCUUUCUACUGAACCUACGUUCAUUCUCACAUGCUAAGGAUGGUACUUGCUUAUGGCGGAUAUCUGUCGACAGUUUCCACAGAAAUCCUUUUGCGGUGGACCAACAUUGUGGCAUGGCAGCAAAUGCCAACAUUUUGGGGAAUAGCAGCAAAUCUAUAAGAGACCCUGGUUGUUUUAUUUUUGUUGUUGUUGUUUUCCCGCCUCUGCCUUCCCCUGAGUCAGCAGGGUUGGAAGGAGGGUAGGGACGUUAUGAAUUACUCCUUCCAGUAGUAGCUCUGAAGUGUCACAUUUAAUAUCAACUUUUCUUUUUUAAAGGAAAAAAAAAAAACAGAUUCUAGUUAAAUGUAGAAGAGAGAAAAAAGAGGAAGUGUUCACUUUUUUAACACACUGAUUUAGAAAUGUGAUGUCUUGUAUCAGUAGUUCUGAGGUAUUGCUAGCAUUCUUUAGUUCUGCCUUUACGUUGACAGGGUUGAAGCAGGGUGAAUAACGAGGGCGUGUUUUUCUUUUCUGGUAAGCUGUUUCAUGAUGUUUUCUUUGGAUUUUCUGGAUAAGUUGAAGAAAACAUUCUGCAUGUUGUAUCUAGUCUGAUGUGCUUAUCCAUCUCAUUACAGAAAGACAGAAUACCACGCAGACUGCGUUCUGUAGCUCUGUAAUUCUCUAAUACAGAAGUAAUUUCUUCUUUCCUGACUUUGACAUUGUAGCUAUAAUGUUUUCCUUUUGAUUUUUACAAAUCUUUUGGGUCUAAUUCUGUGAGCCUACCUAUAGCACUGGAUUAAAAUGUCUGCAUCAUUUCUUUAGUUAUCCAGUUAACUUUAAAACUGUUGUAAAAGUGUAAACCAGCCCAUGACAGUUUUUUGUACAUGUUAAAGAACUUUAUUGUUCAGUUUUCAUGAUUAUUGUGUAAGGAAGACUGAUAUAGAUGUUCUAUGCUGUCCUGGACCAUGUUAAUUACACUUACGAUGUAUUUUGGUUCCACAUCACAAUGAUUUGUUCCCAAUGACCUUUUCAUCCUUUUUAGGCACAUUUUUUUUUGUUGUUGUUGAUGUUGUUGCAGUUUCCCUUUGCAUUGUAUUGCUUUGACAACUGUAAUUUGAAUCAGAUCUGAAAGAGGUCCAGAAUAAAAUAUAUUUUGAUAUUA